AUGUCCAGCAUCGAGAUGCAAGACUUGUCGCGCCGCCACGACGAGAAGAAAUCUGCAGACGUCUCCCUUGGUAUUUCAAGCGUCUCCGAGGACUCGACUAUCAACCUCUGGGCUGUCGUCGCGGCCACUCUAACUUUGAUCCUAUCGCUUUGUCUGACAAUAUUCCCCCGCCUGCUACGAUUUCUUUCGGAGACAGGCACUGAGGAACACGCGAGAGUAGCCCUAUCACCUCUAGAAUCAUUCCUUGCACUCCAUUUCGGAGUACUACUAGCAGCUAUAGCAGCGGCACUAGUAUUGAACAUGCCUUCGUCGAAUCCAAUUACCACUCGGGACGGAGGCAACAGUCAUCCUCUCCUCAUGCCACUGUCCUUCGCGUGUAGCCUCAGUGCUUUCUUGGCUUAUAACACGAAGAACGUCGGCUCGUUAUCCACGCUUGUUUGGAUCCUUUCCGCUACCAUUGGGGGAUGGGGCAUUUGGACCAUGCUGUUUGCGACUUCAUCUCUUGUGUCCAAGAAGACCGGCGCUGAUAAAAGGACCUCUGCGUUUCUGUUUGGAAACAAGAAUGCUGCAUCUGUACAGAAGAAGUCAUGGAAGAGAGAACAACGGUGA